AUGUUUUUUAGAUAUACCUCGAGAAAAGUGAUUCCGUGGGCCGCUGCGGCUGCUACGGUUACGGGCGCGUCGGUUGUGUCGUGGCAAUUUGUCAGUCAACAGCAUGCUAUAAGUAAUACUGGGUUUGUGGCAAAUGAGCUGCCUGCGGAGUUGAAGCUAGAAAAGCAUGCUCCCGCGCCGCCUUCCAGAGCGCAGCUCUUGGAGAAGCUCCAGAAGACGGACCAGUUUGACGUCUUGGUGAUCGGAGGUGGUGCUUCCGGGACGGGGUCGGCUCUUGAUGCUGCCACGAGAGGUCUAAAUGUGGCCUUGUUGGAGAUGAACGACUACGCAUCGGGUACGUCUUCAAAAUCUACUAAAAUGGCUCACGGCGGUGUCAGGUAUUUGGAAAAGGCUUUUUGGGAGUUGUCCAAGGCCCAAUUGGAUUUGGUUAUCGAGGCUUUGAACGAGCGUGCCCAUAUGUUGCACACGGCCCCCCACUUGUGCAAGAUUUUGCCGAUUAUGAUUCCCGUCUACAAGUGGUGGCAGGUGCCUUACUUCUACGUGGGCACCAAGAUGUACGAUUUCUUUGCUGGGAAACAGAAUCUCAAGUCCUCAUACUUGUUGUCUGCCACGGGUGCUUCCCAAGUGGCUCCCAUGUUGGAUGCGUCGAAAUUGAAGGCAGGUCUUGUUUACCACGACGGUUCUUUCAAUGACUCUAGAAUGAAUUCGACUCUCGCAGUCACGGCGAUCGAAAAUGGUGCCACCUUGUUGAACUAUAUGGAAGUGAAACAAUUGUUGAAAAACCCGGAGACUGGCAAAGUUGAAGGUGCAAUAGCUGUUGACCGCGAAACCGGCAAGCAGUACUCGGUAAAGGCUAAGGUAGUCGUCAGUGCUACUGGUCCUUUUUCUGAUCGUAUCUUGCAGAUGGAAAACCAUCCAAAGGGCUUACCCGACGAUCUUUCCUUGUCGAAAGCUAACGAGGGCGCCACCAUCACCACAAAGGUGGCCGUGGCAGACCCAAAGAUGGUCGUCCCCUCCUCUGGUGUCCACAUUAUCUUGCCUUCUUUCUAUUGUCCUAAAGACAUGGGUUUGCUCGAUGCGGAAACAUCAGACGGCAGAGUCAUGUUCUUUUUGCCUUGGCAAGGUAAGGUCUUAGCUGGUACUACCGAUAUCCCAAUGAAACAAGUCCCAGAAAAUCCAACCGCCACUGAAGCUGAUAUUCAAGAUAUAUUGAAGGAAUUGCAACACUAUAUUAAAUUCCCAGUGAAGAGAGAAGAUGUCCAAUCUGCUUGGGCCGGUAUUAGACCAUUAGUUAAAGACCCCAGAAAGGAUAACUCCGACACCCAAGAUUUGGUGAGAUCUCACUUUUUGUUCACUUCGGACUCUGGUUUGGUUACCAUCUCUGGUGGUAAGUGGACCACCUACAGAGAAAUGGCACAAGAAACUAUUGAUGAAGUUGUGAAAGUUGGAAACUUUGUUAACGCAAAACCGUGCAUUACUAGGAAAAUAAAAUUAGUUGGCUCCGAAAAUUGGGAUCCAAACUUGCCUGCUAUCUUGUCUCAGCAAUAUAAUUUACCUCCGGUCCUAUCAGAAUAUUUGUCUGAAAACUACGGCACUAAAGCAGCUGCCAUAUGUGAAAUUUUCCAAAGCGACAAACGUAAUCAAUUGCCUGUGUCCCUCGCAGCUGAAAAGGCUGCUGCCAACGUUGACUAUGAUGCCUUCCGUUACCCAUUCACUGUUGGUGAGUUAAAGUACAACAUCAGGAACGAAUACGCAAGAAAACCUUUGGACUUUUUGAUGAGAAGAACAAGAUAUGCGUUCUUAGAUGCUAAACAAGCUGUCGCAGCAGUGCCUGGUACUGUGAAAAUCAUGGGUGAUGAAUUAGGCUGGGACAGCGCUAAGCGUGAAAUGGAAACUAAAUACGCCAUCGAAUUCAUCAAGACAUUUGGUGUAUAG